AAAAGAAAGAGAAAAAAAAGAAUGAGCGGAAAUGAACAAAAACAGCGACCGAAGCCCAAUUAGGAAAGAGAGGCAAAGGCCCCAAGCAGAAACAUUAAGUGUGGUGAUGAAAAAGUGACACAAAAUGUCGUUCAUCACCCAUCCCCCUUUUGAAUUAUUCGAAGGUGGGACGGGGCCCAUCUGGACGAUAUAAAUUUCAGUAUAAUUCCUGGAAUUAUUAGAUUAGGUUAAUUAUUAAAUACUAUAUAGAUAUUAACUUAUAAAUUUAUAAAUUAGUAAAAUGCACAGAACUUAUUCUUUAAGAUCUCAAAAGGCUCCAACUGCAGCUCAAUUGCAAUCUCCCCCACCUCCACCAUCCACUACUAAAUCUAAAUUCUUUGGUUCUGGUUCUCUUUCUUCUUCAAUUAGAAAAACUGUUGCUGGUUCAACUGGUCCUGAAUUAUCAAGAAAAUUAGCUCAAUUUGUUAAAAUUGAAAAGAAUGUUAUGAGAGCUAUUGAAUUGACUGCAAGAGAAAGAAGAGAUGUUGCUAAACAAUUAAGUGCUUGGGGUGAAGAAAAUGAUGAUGAUGUUUCUGAUGUUACUGAUAAAUUAGGGGUUUUACUUUAUGAAAUUGGUGAAUUAGAAGAUCAAUAUAUUGAUAAAUAUGAUCAAUAUAGAAUCACUUUAAAGUCAAUUAGAAAUAUUGAAGCUUCUGUUCAACCAUCAAGAGAUAGAAAACAAAAGAUUACUGAUGAAAUUGCUCAUUUGAAAUAUAAGGAUCCUCAAUCUCCAAAAAUUCCAGUUUUAGAACAGGAAUUGGUUAGAGCUGAAGCUGAAUCUUUAGUUGCUGAAGCUCAAUUAUCUAAUAUUACUAGAGAACAAUUAAAGGCUGCUUUCAAUUAUCAAUUUGAUGCUACUAGAGAAUUGGCUGAAAAAUACGCUUUAAUUGCUGGUUACGGUAAGGCAUUAUUAGAAUUAUUAGAUGAUUCUGCUGUUACUCCAGGUGAAACUAGACCAGCUUAUGAUGGUUAUGAAGCCUCUAAGCAAAUCAUUAUUGACGCUGAAAAUGCUUUAAGUUCUUGGACUUUAGAAUCUGCUGCUGUUAAGCCAACUUUAUCUUUACAUCAAGAAUACGAAGAAGAUGAUGAAGUUCCUGUUGAAGAGGAAGAUGCUGCCGCAGAAGAAUUUGCUAAGCAUGACGAACAAGCUUAAACUAAUUGUAUUCAAUUUCCAUUUCAUUCUUUACUGUUAUUGCUUAAAUUUAUUCACCUGCCAAUUGUUUCCUUUAUUUAUAACAUUGUAUUAGUAUAUAUUAUUUCAGAUGAAAAGUAACUAACUAAAAUUUCUGUUUAAAUCCCCUACUUUCAAUUUUAUUUGACAGUUACUAUCACCUUAGCAUUUGUAGUUUUGGUUUAGAUAGCCAAAAUGUUUUAAUAAAUACUGUAUUAAAAUUCUUCCUUCCCUUAUCUAAAUACUAAAAAAAUUGCGAAUUUC